ACGGCGACUUUUCUUUCUUGAAGGCUACCUUAUAUUAAUUCAACUCCUUUUCCUAGCCGCUACUUCAUUUUCUUGGCCUCCUUUUCAACUCUGGGUUCUUCUAUGUGCGCUUACAUCUUUUCUACCAAAGCAUCUGCCUACAAAUCCGUUUCAGAGCCACCUAUGCUAAUUGCUGACACUUCACCUAGGAUUCAACAAACUUUGCUGUUUUAGGAAAGGUAUCUCAUCUUCCCCGUCAUUGCUGGUGUGUCUUUCUCCCAAUGGGGAGGCACUCUUGCUGCUACAAGCAGAAGUUAAGGAAAGGCCUGUGGUCACCUGAGGAAGAUGAGAAACUUCUCAGGCAUAUUACUAAGUAUGGCCACGGUUGUUGGAGCUCUGUUCCCAAGCAAGCUGGUUUGCAAAGGUGUGGAAAGAGCUGCAGAUUGAGGUGGAUUAAUUACUUGAGGCCUGAUUUGAAGAGAGGCACAUUCUCCCAACAGGAAGAGAACCUCAUAAUUGAACUUCAUGCAGUUCUGGGCAACAGGUGGUCUCAGAUUGCAGCACAGUUGCCGGGAAGGACCGACAAUGAAAUAAAAAAUCUCUGGAACUCUUGCUUAAAGAAGAAACUUAGGCAGAGGGGCAUUGACCCUGUUACCCACAAACCACUUUCCGAGGUUGAAAACAAUGGACAAGACAGGAAUCCAACUGCCAACAAGGGCCAAGAAAAGGGCUCUGGAGUAUCCAGUGAAUUGAACCUCCUCGAAGCCAGUAAUUCUAAGCCAGGGCCAAAUUUACAAGAAAAGAAACAAUCUCCUGUUUCUGCGCAAGCCUACCAAUUGGAGGGGGAAGGUUCUUCCAACUCCAAAAAUAUGAGCAGCAACCCCAACAACCAUGGUAAAAACAGUAAUUUGAUGACACCCAUAAGCAACAAGGACUUUUUCUUGGAAAGGUUCGCAACCUCCCGCCAUGAAGGAUCCACAAGCAACUGCCAACCUUCGGAUUUGGUGGGGCAUUUCCCUCUUCAGCAAUUGAAUUAUGCGUCUAAUGCCAGGCUCACAACCAACUCAAUCCCCUCCCCCUGGUUUACACAAACCAGCAAAUCUUUGGAUGUUAACUCCGAAUUCUCUUCCAGUUCAAUACCCACCAUCCUUCCACCUACAACAAGUUCAUUUCUUUCUACAUCGAUGGCUUUCAAGCCCUCCGUUAGUGUUCCCUCCGACGACCCUUCAUUGGCGUCUUUCCCAAUCAGCAGUUCACGGUUUUGGGAAGCCGGUGCCCCGAGCAACAAUAGUAACAGCAGCACUGGAAGCAGCGGCAACGCCGAACUGCAAAGCAACAGCUCUUUCUUUGAGAGCACCAUCUUUUCUUGGGGAUUGGGGGACUGUAGCUCAACGGAGAAAGAUGGUCAAAGCCAGCUGAUAGGAAGCCAACAAGUGGACGUGAAAUGGCCAGAAUAUCUUCAUAAUCCAUUGAUAAUGGCUGCAGCUUUACAAAAUCAAAGUCCACAAUCUUUAUACAAUGAGAUAAAAUCAGAAACGCAUCUCCUAUCCCAAAAUUCAAGGUCUGUGUGGCCUCAAAACCAGCAGCAACAAGAACCUUUCCAAAAUUCUGAUAUAUGCCCUAAAGAUAUCCAAAGACUUACAGCAGCCUAUGGACAUAUUUAGCUUUGAUUGGCAUGUGAGUGAAGCCACCGGUGUUAGAGGAGGAAACUGAAGAGGCUCGGUACGGAUGCUUGCUAGAGCUCGCUCUUUAUUUUACAGGUGUGUGCCCCAGAUUUUUCUCUUGUAAAUAGGUCUGAUACAAAAACAUUUAUUACCCUCUGGUUUUGAAAUAUUUGUGAGCCAAAAACAAUCUUUUCUUAUUAAUUAGCUUUCUUUUA